AUGAACCUCAACCAAUACACCCCCGACUUCCUGAUGUAUAGCUUCAAGGUGGAGGCGUGCGUGCGCUCCGACAACCACGACUGGGCGCGCUGCCCCUUUGCGCACGACAAGGAGAAAGGCAGGCGGCGCGACCCGCGCGCCUUUCAGUACACCUCCCAGCCCUGCCCACACACGAUGCAGGCGCGCCACCCGGGCCGCUCCUGCCCCAGCGGCGACGCCUGCUCCAACUCGCAUUCGCUCCAGGAGUACUGGCUGCACCCCGAGCGCUUCAGGACCCAGAUGUGCAAGCUCGGCGCGGCCUGCACGCGGCCCCUCUGCUUCUUCGCACACAGGGCCAACGAGCUGCGUUUCCCAGAGACCGACGACACUGCCGCCGCGAUCGCGCCCGCGCUUGCGCCGGCCGCCCCCGCCGCGCCCCUGGUGAUUACCCCCGGCCCGCUCUCCGCGCUCGGCGCGGCGGGUGGCGCCGGCAGCCCCCAGCCAAUGAUGAUCCUGCCCGCCGCCGCGGCCACCGACGCCUACCUGCCUGUCGACUCCGCCGCCUUCGGAGGCGGCCCCCACUCUGCAGCAGGCCCCGCGCCUGCCGGCGCGCGCGGCGCGGCGGAGCUGCUGCUGCGGCGCGCGCGCGCCGCGCAGGAGCGGGGGGCGGCGGCGCUGAGGGCGUACCUGGAAGCUCAGGAGGCGGAGGUGCAGCGCCGCGCGGCGGCGCUCGACCAGCAGAGGAUGGCACUGGACCUAUGGGCGGCCCAGCUCAAUGGGGGCUGCGCCGGCAGCAUGCCUGCGUCAUUCGACGCGGCGCCGCAGUCGCCCCUGACUGUCGCGCCGCGCGAGGCGAGCGGCAGCAGCACGACCAGCUGGGUCAGCUGUGGGGCCGCGUCGGCGGCGCCGAUGAUGGCGAUUUGGGGCGGCUGCUCGCUGCUCGAUGCCGCGUGCGGCGCUCCAGCGGCACUGCCCGUGUGGGGUCCGGCUUCCGAGGUGCUGCAGCCUGGUGUGCCGCUGCUCAGCCUCGCGGCUGGCGGGCUGGGCCCGCUCUUCUGA